AGACUUCCGAUGUACUCUUGUAGUCAAUUUUUUUCGGUAAGAUUUUUAUUUGAAUCUGUAAAGCUGGUAAUAUCUCAGUGUCCCCUUUUUUUUAGUCAUUGCAUUCCAGAAUUAGUGAUAAGUUUGCCCACUAGCAAAGGAACCCAUAUUGAUCAGGGGAUAGUACCCGCCAGUAGCAAUUGAUGUCAAUGUCAUCGCUCUCUGAUGCCUAUAAAAACAACCUUACUGUAGGAGUUACAUAUAUAUAUACAUCAAGGUGAGGUGUCUACAUUUUUGCAAAUACAUGUGGUCAAUCUUGAUAAAUGAAAUUCGGUGUUUAGGCCACCAAAAUAGCUCAUAUUGAAACCAUGGAUUAUUAUGACAACGAUCUGGUGGUGGCAGUGGAAGAAUGCCUUAAAUUUCAGUUGCCCACCGCCAGUCUUUUAAGGUUUCUUAUUUGUAAUACUACUGGUGAAAGGAAACCAUCUUCAUUGACUUGAAAUUUGGCAUUGAAAUUGUCCAAUCCACAAAUUGUUGAUUUCCCACAAAUUGUUGAUUUCAGGUUAGAGUUUGUCAUAUCCCUUCUUGUCGCUUGUUUUUGUACACCAAGUUAAAGAGACUGAAUACACAUUUAUAUUAAAAUUCUGUUCCAUAAAAGCACAUAAUGUAUAUGAAUACACAUUUAUACUAAAAAAUUGUGUGACAUAUGUAUGUGAUGUUACCGAUGUAUCCAAAGGAGAUGUGCGCGUCCAAACGGAGGAUGCAUGACCAUUUCGGGAGCUUCCGUGAUAGAGAAGGAACAGGAGAAAGUGAGAAGAAUAUGAUGGACUUUAUUGAUGACUGAAGAGCGCCAGAAAGCUAUCUGGUCCAUUUAUGUUUGGUGUAGGAGGACAGACGAGUUAGUCGAUGGGCCCAACGCACCCCAUAUGAAUGACGCUGUUCUGGAUCGAUGGCAAGAAAGACUGGAAAAUAUCUUCAGUGGUUGUCCUUACGAUAUGCUUGAUACCGCACUCACAGAUACCGUCAAGAAAUUUCCCAUUGACAUUAAGCCUUUCAAGGAUAUGAUUCAAGGAAUGAGAAUGGAUACCCGCAAAUGUCGUUACCAGACUUUUGAAGAGCUUUAUCUCUAUUGCUACUAUGUUGCUGGCACUGUUGGCCUAAUGAGUGUUCCAGUGGUGGGAGUUGCAUCUGAAUCUCUCACUAAGAUCCACAAUAUCUAUGAAGCUGCUCUCAACUUGGGUAUUGGUAACCAACUCACUAAUAUCCUUCGAGAUGUGGGAGAAGAUGCUUUGAGAGGAAGAGUGUAUCUUCCACAAGAUGAGCUUGCGCAAUUUGGGUUACGAGAUGAAGAUGUUUACUCAAGAACAGUGUCUGACAAAUGGAGAGAAUUCAUGAAACAGCAGAUCACAAGGGCCAGGUUCUUUUUCAGCAAAGCAGAAGAAGGAGCUUCUCAGCUCGAUGCAGCUAGUCGUUGGCCGGUCUGGACUUCUUUGUUGUUGUACCGGGAGAUUUUGGAUGCCAUUGAAGAUAAUAACUAUGACAAUUUGACGAAACGUGCUUAUGUUGGGAGGACAAAGAAGUUUCUUAUGCUGCCUUUAGCAUAUAGUAGAGCCGUAUCAGAGCCAAAAAUUACUUGAUUCUUCGCUAAGAUCAGGCCAGCUAGCUAGAUUAAUUUGUAAGUGAACAACUUCAGUUGUUGGUUAGGGGAUCUCCUUCCUGUAACAGUUCUCCUGGAUUUGUAAUAAUCAUGCAUUUGUUUUCCACAAGAUACUCUCUUUUUGCUUUUCAUCUAACAUGAAAUUUUAAAUCCA